UUUUGUUCAACAAAAGUAAUCUUACCUCGAUUGUUGAAUACACAUUACUAGAAAGAAAGAAUAUUACAAAUCUUGUAGUCAAGUAAUUAGAGAAAACAGCAGCAGUUAGCAGUUAGCAAGAAUUGCUGUGGACGUAGGAAAUAUAAAUGCUAAUGCUGACAAAAAAAGAUGAAUGACACGUAGUGAAGAAGAAAAAAAAUAUGAACAAUAAAGUUUUAUUUCCAAAGAAAUAUAAACUUGUUUCAUUAGGGGAACAGAGCGUUGGUAAAACAUCACUAAUCACUCGAUUUAUGUACGAUAACUUCGACAACACCUAUCAGGCUACCAUUGGUAUUGAUUUUCUGGUCAAAACAAUUUCAUUAAGAGGUCGUUCAGUUCGGCUGCAACUGUGGGACACAGCUGGCCAAGAAAGGUUUAGAAGCUUAAUCCCGUGUUAUAUCCGAGAAUCUGAAAUUGCUUUAGUGGUUUAUGACGUAACAAGUGCGGAGUCAUUUGAGCAAACAUCAAAAUGGAUAACCGAUGUGAAAGCAGAACGUGGAGAAGAAGUUCUAAUUAUGUUGGUUGGAAAUAAAACUGACCUGGAAGAAAAAAGGCAAGUAUCAACGAAAGCUGGCGAAGACAAAUCAAAAGAACUAAACCUUCUUUUCAUGGAAACGAGCGCUAAAAGCGGUCACAAUGUCAAAGAGCUGUUCCUGAAAGUUGCUUCUGAACUUCCUGAUAACAACAACGAGCCGGAAGGAAAAGUAGAAAACAUUCGUUUGUUGUCAGCAAAAGAAGCAAAUCCGGAAGAAGAAAACCAAUGCGCGUGUUGAAACCGUGAAUGUUUAAAGGAGAAAAAAGAAAACAAAAAAGGCGGAGGAAGUUUUAAGAGAUCAUUCCAGUCUGAAGGAGAUUUCCAAUUUCCAUGAUGCUACCCGAAAACCUCUAUUUCUAAGUUGACCGCGCACACAAAAGAUGAGAAAGGCUAAUAAACAAAUACAGUAAAUGUAGUUUGUUGUUGAAAUAUUGUGAGAUUUAAUAAACAAAAUUGUGUGUCUAUAUUUGUAUUGUCAUUGCUGACACAUUGUCUUUAAAUAAAUGUUGCAAGUAACAUAGUACAA